AUGCGCUGCGAGCUAAAUCAGGACAGGCCAGUCCGGAGCUUCAAACCUCAGCAGGAGGAUAAGCCAAACUGUAAGCUGUUGCUUAGUACGAUUUGCCUGGGGGAGAAAGCCAAAGAGGAGAUGAAUCUUGUGGAAAUCUUGCCCAUGUCCUACCAGACGAGCAAGAAGACUCCUAUCACCAUCGCCUCUCUUCAGGCCUCCACCCUGCCCAUGGUCUCCGUGACUGGACUGGAACUUUCUCCACCAGUCAUUUUUCAGCUCCGGGCUGGCUCUGGACCUGUGUUCAUUAGUGGUCAGGAGUCCUAUGAAAAAAAAGCUGGAAAAAGAAGAGGAGGCAGUGAGGUAUCUCAUUCCACAUCUAAAUUGUUCUUCGUACUGCAGCCCUAUGGCUACCAGGAAUGA